AUGGAUUUAAGGACAACGGAGAUCGAAUCGAAAAUGGUCGCAGUCCGGUUUGACACGGCGGAGAUGUCGGAAGAACCCGAGAAGCAGCGACAACCAUCAAGAACCCACGUUCGCGACGGCAAAUCCAUGAACAAAACGCUGGCGGACGUGAAAGAGUACCCACACGCCUACGUCUUCAUAGUGGACAUGCCGGGGCUCACGUCGGAUCAGAUACAGAUAGGGAUUGAAGGAGAGAAGGCGAUGGUGGUGAGCGGAGAGAGGAAGCUGGACAAGGAAGACAGGGAGCUUGUGAGGGUUCUGAGAAUGGAGAGGAAGCGUGGGAAGUUGAUGAAGAAGUUUGAGUUGGCGAAGAAUGCUAAUAUUGAUGCUAUAACGGCGGCGUACCAGGAUGGUGUGCUGAGUGUGACUGUUGGGAAGAAACCUUUGCUGAAGCCUAAGAAGAUUAGGAAUAUUCCGGUUAGGGUUGGUUGA